UUAUCAAACAGACAGAUUCCCAUCAGCAACGACCUAGCCGGCUACAGUCGCUAGCCUGCUACCUUUCCAGGAAUAAACCAACCCAUCUGAAUAACAUCAUGUCUUCAAGGACUUUGCCCCUGCUUUUUAUUAAUCUCGGCGGGGAAAUGCUGUACAUCCUGGACCAGAGGCUUCGGGCUCAGAAUAUACCUGCCGACAAAGCUAAGAAAGUUAUGAAUGACAUCAUCACUACUAUGUUCCACAAAAAGUUCCUGGAGGAGCUUUUCAAGCCACAGGAGCUUUAUUCCAAGAAGACCCUGAGGACCGUGUUCGACAGGUUGGCCCAUGCAUCUAUAAUGAGACUCAAUCAAGCCAGCAUGGACAAGCUCUACGACUUGAUGACCAUGGCUUUCAAAUAUCAGGUGCUUCUCUGUCCCCGACCUAAGGACAUCCUCCUCGUGUCCUUCAACCACAUGGACGCAAUUAAAGACUUUGCAAGAGAGAGUCCCAGCAUUCUCGCUCAGGUUGAUGAGACUUACCAACAGCUCAUAGAGAUGUAUACACCUUUAUCCAGUGGUGAAUUCCAGCUGAUUAGACAAACUCUUCUUAUCUUCUUUCAAGACAUGCACAUAAGAGUUUCCAUUUUUCUUAAAGAUAAAGUGCAGAAUUCAAACGGUCGUUUUGUACUGCCCACCAGUGGUCCAGUGCCUUAUGGAACACAAGUCCCUGGCUUGAUACGGAUGUUUAGCUGUGGUGGGGACGAGAUGAGCCGGCUGCAGUUCACCAAUGGAGGGAAUUACACUUCUGCGCUGCGAGAAGGCUGUUUUGACAUCUGUGGAGACAGAGUCACCAAACUAGGAACAAACAUGUACAGUGUGAGCCGCCCAGUGGAGACUCAUAUGUCUGGCACAUCUAAAAGUUCUGCUCAGCACACAAAGGUCAACACGGCCCCCAACCCGCUGGCCAAAGAGGAACUGAACCUGCUGGCCAGGCUGAUGGGGGGAUUAGAAGUUCAGAAGCCGGGAAACGCAGACAGUGGCUUCAGGGUUAAUCUGUUUGCUACAGAUGAGGAAGAGGAAGAGGCACUAAUAUCAAGGCCUGACGAGCUCUCCUAUGGUGUCAUCAACAUCCAAGCAACAAAGGACAAGCAGGCCAAUGCCGAGCUGGCUAAGAUCAUGGGCGAGUUCAGUGAGCCUGGGGAUCAGUCUCCCGGCACCAGCAGCAAAGGUGACGACCUUCUGGCCAUGAUGGACAGCCUGUGACACGCUCAGGCUGGAAGACAUACCUCGAGGGUGGAGCGCAGUGCUUCAUCAACAGCAUGUACUCCCGAAGACCUGUCCGCUGUCUAUACUGGCAAAUACACUGCAACAACCUCACAUGCAGCCUCAAGACUUUCUACUUAGGAUGUCUUUUUUUUUUAAUGCAGCUGCGAGCCUUUGUUUCCACCGGUUGUCUAAUUAACUGCCUGCAUAUUUGCAUUUCCCAUCAAAGAAUCUGUGGUGAGAUAAACUUUACGACGUGACAUGCUGAAAUCGUAUGUUUGCUGUAGAAUGACAGAAGUUUCAGUGCAACAAAGUAUACAGUAGGCCUAUACCGAUGUCUGUUAUGUGCUAGCACAACAUGUUUACAAGUUCCAUUUUUAGAAGCCUGCUGUGUGUAAAGCACAUUCCUUUAAUCUCAUCUAACCUAAAACGUCAGUUACGGUUGUAUUACAAGUGUAGUUUAUUUCCAGAAACACGGCCCAUAAUUGUAUACAAUCAUAGUCACGGUUGUUUAUUUUAUUACAAAUACCUUAUAUUUAUACAGUGUUUAUGAAAAGGUACUUUGCUACCCUCUCUUGUAUUCCAAGGAAACGGUGAUUCAAAGAUAUUGUGGACGAAUUGGAGGAAACCUAAGUGCUCUUGCUACUGUGAUUACCAAUCCCUCAGAUCUUUAUUUUGGUAAUAAUUUACCCGACAUCAUGCUGUUGUACCUUUAAAAGCAUAUGAGGUGCAACCUGUAAACUGUUUUCCACCACUUUGUGAUGUCUUUGAAUGUUUCAAAAGGCCUAGAAGUGUGCUCCUUCAUGACGAUGUUACAAUAUACAGCAAUGCAAUAUGUAAAUAUGAUUCUUGCAUUCUUUUAUUUAUUGAAUGUAUAAUGUUGUCUGUAUAGCAAAUUACAUAUUGCUGCAAGUGUUGAAUGUGCAAUGUUGUAUUUUUAAUAAAUAGAUGGCAAAACCGUG